GACAGUGAGAGCUAAGAUACUCUAGACACAGCGGCACUCAGCUCAGGGUAUACUAGGAUACUAGGUUUACUCAACCAGUAGAUAGAACACGUUUAUAAAUACAACCCUGCUCCUAGAACUAUACAUGUGCUAUUAAAAUAAUGUCCUGAAUUGGUCGAAUUAGUGCAUAGUAUCCAUUAGUGAUAGUGAACAAGAGAAAAGCAGUGAACCUCAUGGUUCCCAGUAUGUUAAACUACACUAGGAGAAGAAUGUGAGGAAUUAAAAAAAAACGACUUCCCUGACUAAUGUAAGCGAAUUGAACCUGGCGUGUUAAGACCAAGAACACUGAUAUUACGGAUGGAUUUAAGUAAUGGAUUCUCGCGACUUGCUCUGCAACACUGAACUGGAUUUUCGACACGCGGAGCAAAUAUCACCUGGAACCGUUCUUCAAGUAGCUAGUCUAGUACUCCAGGGUUUCCACGCUGUCCCUGUCAAGCUAAAGAUGCUCCUGGAUAGAUUAUUCUCUCUUCUCAGUCCUGACGAGGUUAAUAGUCUUCUCCGAGGAUUCGGUUGGAGUCUCCAGGAUUAUCAGAGAGGAUAUAUACUCAAGGACGGAGAAGGGGAUACUCUAGAGAAGUGGAAAAUGUGCCCUAGCGAGGAGGAACCCGUGAUACUUCAACAGUUUCUCAGGUUCGGAGUAACCAGAGCACUGACCCACCAACUGCUACUCCAGGAGCUGUGUGAAAGGAACCCUGAUUCUAAAGCUAAACUCCAGGAGUAUAUGGUUAAACUGAUGAAUAAUAAUACACCUGGUGAGGAGGGGAAAACUAGUCCUGGAUCAACCUCAGAUAUAUCUCCGGUUAUUCAUAAUCAACCCUCUCCUCUCUCCUCCUCACGAACUAGUCCUGAAUCAAUCUCAAGUUUGGCGGUUCCUAUAUCAUCUCCUGCAGUCAUCGGAGCAUCUCCGUCCCUUCCUCCUCCCUCACCCAAUACAUCAACAUCUUCCCUAGUGUCUCCUUCACCUUUAAACAAACUGCAGAGCAUGCAUCCAUUUGAUUACAGGAAAUCUGAAAGAAGGACACCAGAGGUUCCAAGAUCCCCGGUGGAGAAACCAAUUCCCCCCUCGAUGAGUCCGAUGAGGUUUCAUCAGACAGGAUUGCCUCCGGGUUAUCCUAUCCCUCCUAGCUUCAGUCUACAUCACGGUAUAUCUCCCUACCAACAUCAGAUGUCUAAGUUUCAUGAUGCGGAGAGGAAAUCAAAAGAAGAAAACCACUUUAAUCCGAUGAAUCUAAGUCGUAACCACGAAACUAAACCAGAAAGAAAUUCUCUUGAACACUCCAGUGGAAGAAGAGGGAUGGAUCCUCAGCGUCAAUACAGCGCAUUCCACGAGGAUCUUGGAACAACCUUUGUAAACCCGGCAACCGGUAAAAAAAGAGUUCAAUGUAAUGUUUGUCUCAAAACUUUCUGUGACAAGGGCGCACUCAAGAUACAUUUCUCCGCUGUGCAUCUCAGGGAAAUGCAUAAAUGUUCUGUUCCUGGCUGUAACAUGAUGUUUAGCAGUAGGAGGAGUAGGAACAGACAUUCUGCCAACCCAAACCCUAAACUUCAUACUCCACACAUCAGAAGAAAGAUCUCACCACACGACGGUCGCACUCAUCAAGGUCCAGUGAUACCCUUUGGUCUUACUCCUAAACCUCCCAUAUCUCAACAUCACCUUCCCGUACAGUCAAAUCUUCCUGUAUCCGGGGUUCCUCCCUUCCAUCACUUCCAUAGUUUACCUCCUAAUCUUAUUCCCCCAGAGCUUCAUAAAUUUCACCAUCAGCAGAUGGAACUACAAAGAUUUCACGAGAUGCAGAAACUAUCCUCCCUCUACUCCAGGCACCUAGCGGAGUCGGAGAAGGUUUCCCGACAAUCUGAGGAUCUUGAAUCGAUCUCUGAGAAACUAAACGUGACAGAUCCUGACUCCAGGUCUGAGAAGAGUAAUGAGAAUGGGGAAGACCAGAAGAUUGAUAUCACAGAUGAUGAGAAAAGUCUGGAUAACUCUAGUAGCAAGGAGGAAGGAUCAAACGGAAGAAAGAGAAAACGUCAGAACCCGACUAGAAUUCAGACCGGAGAUAAGAAUGACGAGGACACAAACUUCUCCAGCGACGACAAUGAUGAAGGAUUUCCUGAUCCCAUGGACGACGACGACGAGGAUGAGCAUCAGAUGGAUUUUGAGUCUGGAGAAGGAGGUUCGGAAAAAAGUAAAAUUUCGGAGAAACCUGAUAUCCCUGGAAUCAAUCAGACCGAACCUAAGCCUGGGGAUAAUGAAGAAAGGAUAAAUGAUGUAAAAGAAAACAAAACUCCGGAGUUGAAUGGAUCCGACCGUGAGGAGGGAGCAACUGGAAAAAUACAAGUCAGGAAUGAUUUGACAGAUCAGGAGAGGAUUGGAGAGGGUGAGCAGGAGGAGAACCAGGAGUAUAUGGGUAGAAAGACUCCUCUGCACUCUGAUGAAGAAUACGAUAAUAUUUUCGACGAAAUUCCCAUCGACAAGGAAAACCCGCUUCGUUGUGUUGACUGUGGUAGAGAGUUUCAAAACCAUUUCUCUGUUAAGAUUCAUUAUCAGAAUGUGCAUUUGAAGUUAGUGCACAAGUGCACCAUAGACGGUUGCAACGCUGCUUUUCCUUCAAAGCGGAGUAGGGAUAGGCACAGUUCAAAUCUUGCUCUUCACAGAAAACUUCUGUCUACAACUGAAAUGGAGGAAUCAUCUCUAGGCCCCUUGGUUCCUCACUCUGGAGAAGGUUCAUCCUUAUCCCACCUUCCUUCACAUACAAUUCCUCCAUAUCAAAAUGAGUUCCUGGCAAGAUUCUUUGCAGAGCAACAGCAUCAGCAUCAACAACAACAACAGCAGCAGAGAUUCCCAUUUCCGUUCCUGUCAGGACUUCAUUCUCAUCCUUCCCAUCCUUCAGCAGGACUCUCUCAUCCCCGUCUUCCUCCUCCUUUCGGUAUGCUACCCUUUAAUCCUCUUCUUGGAGAUUUAUCCAGGCUGCCAGGCUUGUUCAACAAGGUCCCGGAUCCUUCUCAGGCCAAGAUGGUCGAGGAGAACUUGAGAAAGUACAUGGCUAUGGCCAACAUGGCGACCAAGAUAGAGAAUCAUUAAACUCUAGUGUUUUCAUACUGAUAAUCUUGUUAAAUGUUCUCCCACUAUAUUAAUACCCAACCUUUACACUCACCCCUGUAUUUUCUUUACAGCUUGAGACUUUGAACUUGAAAUUAUUUUAAACAAACCCCUAAUCUUUGAUCUGUAAAUGAGUCAGCUGGUUAAUGUAGGAUUUAAAUACUAAUUAUAGAAAUUCAUCGAUAUGUUUAUUGCGCUGACCUUAAACUAUGUAAACGUUUCUAGCUGGAGUAGCACUAGAUAAUUAUCAAUUAAAUUUAUAUUUAAUGUCA